AUGCAAGAUGUGAGGAUCAUAGUGGGCAACUUCGACCAGGUGAUGGCAAGACGUGUCUUCUGUAGCGCCCGGAAGAACUCACUGUACGGCCCCAAGCACCAAUGGAUCAUCCUGGGCACCUACGACGACGAUUGGUGGACCAUCGACGACCCCAUGGUCACGUGCUCCACCUGGGAACUCAAUGACACCAUUCAUGGUUACCUAGCAACAGACGCCCUGCCGCUCAGCACAAGUGAUGACGUCACAGAGUCCGGUCUGACAGCCAGCGAGUACCUGCACGUCUACAACAAGACCCGGGGGUCAGAGUUCAGCAAGUACCAUGGUUACGCCUAUGACGGCGUCUGGGUGGUGGCCAAAGCUUUGGACCGUCUCCUGGAGGCAGCCAGCCUGACCCCUGACCUCUUGCGUGGACCUGAGGUCGGCAGAGUGCUCAACGAGACCAACUUUGUUGGAGUUACGGGUAGGGUGCAGUUUCAAAAUGGAGACCGCCUUGGCAGCAUCACCAUCUCACAGAUGCAGUAUGGAAGAAUGGUCAAGGUGGGGGAAUAUCACGCGCUGACCCACACACUGGACCUGGGAAAUGGUAGCCUGAUCACCUGGAGAGAUGGAAAGCCCCCCAUGGACAGAAGUGUGAAGAUAGAAGAGCUGCGUCAUGUUAGUUUCCCAGUGUACAUUGCCUUUGUUGUCCUGGCAGCUAUGGGAAUUACUAUGGCUGUGCUAUUCUUAGCUGUCAACAUCCGGUAUCGACGUCACAGUCCAAACAUGAACAACCUCAUCAUCGUGGGCUGUAUUCUCUGCUACAUGUCCAUCUUCUUGUUGGGGGCUGACCCAGACCACACUGACCGCCUGCUCUUCAGCUACUGGUGCACUGCCAGAUCCUGGACUUUGGCUCUGGGAUUUACCCUGGCUUUUGGCGCCAUGUUUGGGAAAACCUGGAGAGUGCAUGCCAUCUUUACAAAUAUCAAACUCAACAAGAAGGUGAUCAAAGACUACAAGUUGAUGUUGAUCGUUCUGGUGCUGGUACUGCUGGACGUGCUGGUCCUGGUCACUUGGCAAGUGGUCGACCCAUUUGACAAGGCGGUCAAGCGGUUAUCACCUGAGGUAGGUUUAUCACCUGAAGUGUACGCAGAUUAUGAAAUCAUCCCCAAGCUGGAUUACUGCUCCAGCAGACGCAUGGAGAUCUGGCUGGGAGCUCUGUACGCCUACAAAGGCCUUCUGCUGGCAUUUGGCUGUUUCCUGGCGUGGGAGACGAGACACGUGAGUAUACCGGCGCUCAACGACUCCAAGUAUAUAGGGAUGUCGGUCUACAACGUUGUCAUCAUGUGUGUCUGUGGUGCGGCAGUCUCCUUCAUCAUCGAGGACAGGCCCACAGAGAGCUUCAUCAUCAUCGGUUUAUUUAUCAUCUUCUGCACCACCAUCACACUGUGCCUUGUUUUUCUGCCUAAGAUAGUCCAGCUGAAGAGAAAUCCCAAGGGCAACGAGCAGAGAGUCAGGGCAACUUUAGGUCACUGCUCUAAACAAUCCAAGAAAACAGAAUACUCAGUUCACAGGGAGAAGAUGAGAGAAACUUUGGAAGAGAAUCGACGACUGCGGGGGUUUCUAGAACAGAGAGCCAGUGAGUUGGAGAAUCUUCUAGAACAGCUGGGUGAUGAUGUCAUCAAGGAUGAUGUGGGGUUGAGAUCCGCUCUAAUUCACAAGACAGUCCUGGAUCUCAGAAAUACCAAGGAGUCUCCAGGCAAGAUGUCCCUCAAAUCAUGCAGUGCUUCCGAUUAUGACUCCAGUUACUCUGAAGGCAGCGGCACUACUUAUGUCUACCUGAAUGAUGAGCCCGCACCUACCACCAGCCUUCUCAAGUACCGGUUCAACAACAGCAAACUCUACUCAGAGGCCAUUGAGAUGGCUGGUAUCAGGUUUAACAAUAGAAAGACUUCAUUGACCCUACCCCCAGCUUCAGAAGAUGAGGUUGAAGAUGACCCAUUUGGUGGCGUCUACCUGGGACCCAUUGACUCACCCACUAACCCGGAUGCUGUAGAUGGGGAUGCAAGUAUAGAAGAAAGGUAUCCCCUGAUGAUUGACUCCCCCAGCAACCGAGAACUCCCUCACAGACCAGAGAGUGCCACAUCGGGAGAUUCUCUCUUGGACAGUUUCAGUGGAGCACCAGGUUUGAGGACCUCAUUUGGUAGCACGGAUACUAACCCAGGGACUCUUGUAUGUAGCAUGAGU